AGAAUGGAUAGAGGGAAUUGCUCCUCCUUGACUGAAUUCAUUUUCUUGGGCAUUUCUAAUAGCACGGAGAAUAAAGGGACCCUAGUUACCAUGUGUCUACUUGUUUACCUGAUUAAUCUUCUGGCAAACCUUGGAAUGAUCACGUUAAUUCGAAUGGACCCCCAGCUGCACACGCCCAUGUACUUUUUCCUCAGCCACCUCUCCUUCUGUGACCUCUGCUAUUCCAUAGCAAUUGGGCCCAAGAUGCUGGUGGACCUAUUGGCCAAGAGCAAGGCAAUCCCCUUCUAUGGCUGUGCUCUGCAAUUCAUGGUCUUCUGCAUCUUUGCAGAUGCUGAGUGUCUUCUGCUGGUAGUGAUGGCCUAUGAUCGGUACAAGGUCAUUAGCAACCCCUUGCUCGAUACAUUGAGCAUGUCUAGCAUGUCCCUGAACAAGGCUGGGGUUUACAUGGUGGGAAUGGCAGAUGUUUUGAUACACACGACACUAACAUUCCACUUACGCUUCUAUGGGUCUCAUGAGAUUAACCAUUUCUUCUGUGACAUUCCCCCUCUCCUACUGCUAUCUUGUUCAGAUUCACAGGUCAACGAGUUAAUGAUAUUCACCAUUUUUGGCUUCAUUGAAUUGAGUACCUUUUCAGGAGUCCUUGUCUCUUAUGGUUAUAUAAUUCUGUCUGUCUUGAAGAUCCACUCAGCUGAGGGGAAGUUCAAAGCUUUUUCCACCUGUACUUCCCACCUCAGUCUCAUGGCAAUUUUCCAGGGAACUAUGCUUUAUAUAUAUUUCAGGCCAAGUUCUUCAUACUCUCUAGAUCAAGACAAAAUGACCUCAUUGUUUUACACUCUUGUGAUUCCCAUGUUAAACCCUGUGAUUUACAGCUUAAGGAACAAAGAUGUGAAAGAGGCCCUGGAAAAACUGAAAUGCAAAAAUUGGUUUUAA